UUGACUUUCACCAAAACCGAGGUAUCUUCUUCAUCUUCUCUAUUUAUCUCCUAUACGCAACGUUUCUUUUCUUCUUGGUUCCUUUCUUCUUGGUUCCUUUCUUCUUCUUUUCAUCAUUCUGUAUCCAAUCACAUCAAACGAAAAAUCAGUAUCAUAUGAAUCAUAAAUCUGUUGAUUCUCAACAAGAACCACGCGUGUUCUUGUGAAACGCUGCUCCCGGCGUCUCCGGUCGCGACCCCCGGCGUUCCUUGUAUCCAUGGCUGAAACAUCUUUUGUGUCUGUAAUUUUCUCGACGAGGAAGACGACGUGUCGGAAAUUCACAUGGCGGAUCCGGUACGUAUUCCGGAUCGUGUCCCGUGUCGUGUCGGGUCGACACGGGUACGGUCGCCGGAAGUGACGAGUCGAAGUAACGUAGAUUGUGGUACAUAAUUCCAUUGCAUUCUCUCUGACUGUUCACAAGGGUUUGAUAGGAGGGAAAAGUGAAAAAAGAGUGAGGAGGGUGUAAAAUUUUCAUGUGGGACUAAAUCAGUUCACAUCUAUUUGAAUAUAAGAGAGAGGAAUGAAGAUUUUGAGUGUCUACACAGUAUUAUUUCCGUUACUUCCAGCCAAUUGGAAAUCAUUAUACAAAAGUUUCUUUACGUUCUUUAUUAUGUUGUGUAAAUCUUCUCAUUUAGAAUUUGCAAGUUCUUGAAAUGUAUUCAUUGAUUUCUUUUUCCUUGGUUGAGUUAUAGAGGUGUAUGCUUACUCCAGUUUUUCUUAUCCAACCAUUGCUCAUCUUUCCCGGAUGAGUGAAUCUUUAUGCAUUUUACCUAUAAUUCAGCAUGUCUUUCACGAAUGCGUAAAGCAUUUGUUAUUCAUUCUGUUGAAAUUUUAUGAUUUGCAACACCAAUUUGUCUAUUAUUGUCUCUUAUUGAGUAACAGAGAAGGAAAAUCUCUGUCUCUAUGGUUUUUCUGAUGAACGAUGGGAGGUCAAUUUACCUGCUGAAGAGGUGCCCCCAGAGCUUCCAGAGCCCGCACUUGGUAUUAAUUUUGCUAGAGAUGGUAUGCAAGAAAAGGAUUGGCUAUCUCUGGUUGCUGUUCACAGUGAUGCAUGGUUGCUUGCUGUUGCAUUUUACUUUGGUGCUAGAUUUGGAUUUGAUAAAGCUGAUAGGAAGCGACUUUUCAACAUGAUAAAUGAUCUCCCAUCAAUAUAUGAAGUCGUUACAGAUGUUGCCAAGAAGCAAACAAAGGAGAAAUCGGCUGUGUCAAACCAUAGCAGCAACAAACCUAAGCCAAAUCCAAAGCGAAUAACAGAAUAUCAAGACAAGUUACCAACUGGUUCACUGCUAAAAGAUGACGAUGAAGAUGAGGAUGGCUUGGAAGAAGAGGAAGAUGAGCAUGGGGAUGCCUUGUGUGGUGCAUGCGGAGAAAACUAUGGGCAAGAUGAGUUCUGGAUCUGCUGUGACAUCUGUGAGAAGUGGUUUCACGGCAAGUGUGUGAAGAUCACCCCAGCAAGGGCUGAGCAUAUCAAGCAGUACAAAUGCCCUUCUUGUAGCAACAAGAGGGCACGCCCUUGAUGGGUAUGUGGACCCUGCUGGAUCUCCUAAUUGGCUGAUAUGUGGGUUAUCUCUGGCGAUGAAACAUGCAUUUGAAUAUCUCUCUUAAAUAUUGUCGUAGGUCUCAACUGUUGGAAAUUAUUAUGUAGCUUUCGAGUUUCUAAGUUUGUUUAGUUGUUUAGGUUGCAAUUAGAUGCUUUGUUUUCGGUUAUGAAUUAGAACAUUAGUAUCACCGUCUCAGUUGAGACUAUAUGUUUUAUGAUUAUUGGUUUGCAGUACCUUCCAUGUACUGCAAACAUCAAUGGAUUCGAAAUGAGAUGACUUUGUUG